AUGUCCGACGAAGACGCCGAAAUCCUCGGCCCCGACGGCCAACUCCCAGCCCGUGUCGACCGCGAUAGAAGAGCGCCGCGCUUCAGCUGGACUCCCGCAUACGAAGCAACCUUUUUCCGAAGCCUUUGCGAGAGUGUCCAGCUUGGUCUUCGCGAGAACUCCUCCUUCAAGGCCGAGGCCUGGGAGCGCGCCGCCGUCGCCCUGCAGGAGAGCCACGGCGCCUACCCUGCCAAGAGCCAUCUGAUCAACAAAAGCGACAAUGCGAGGAAGCGGUUUCGGCUAUGGCGCGGUCUACGAGAGGACCCGGAGUUUGUGUACAAUCCUGUCUCGAGGACGGUAACGGCUACUGAGGAGGCAUGGGCUGCGCAUAUAGAGAGGGAACCCCUUUCCAGGGCUUUGCGUGGUCGACCCUUUGAUCACGAAGAUUUCAUGGAGGUUCUUUAUCCAGACGUCAUCGGAUCCGGUGGCGCACCCAAGCGUAUAAUGAAGCCCAGACGGCGAACAGACGGUCCCAUUAGCGACGACCCUGAUAUGCCGGGAACGGGUAUACUCAACCUUCAAAACGAUCCUCCGCCACGACCUCCCGGUCUCGAGAGUCCGAACUCUCGGCCCAUGCUGGCCCAAACCCCCACGACCUCCUCUACCGGCUCAGCGACGCAGCAACGACCGACGUCCACGACUAUUCCUCCUCGAGGGCCCCCGACCGUAGCAAACGCGAAUGCUCUUACCCCGCCUGACGAGACCAUCACACAGAGUCGAAAGCGACAGCUGCCCAGCACUAGUACACCUGUUAUGUUCGAACCUUCGCCACCUACUGCUACCAUACCUCUGCAAUCUGCAGCUCCCGAGUCGCCCGGAAAGCGUCGACGUACUUCAUCGAACGAUGGCUCUCGCGCCCUCACCGCUUCCGUUCUCAACUCUUCCAUGCUGCCCAUGGCCGUGCGAGAGGGCCCGAGUGCCGCCUCCCCAUCGCAGGCGGACAGCCAAGGCAUCUCCAACGGUAAUGGAGCCGCGAUGGAAGAGAUCGUUGAAGCUGUGCGGGCGCGAAACGUGCUACGCUGGCAGGAGGAAGCUCUGGACAUCUUCUUCCGCGACUUUGCCGAUGAAGACUUGGAUCUGCAGGUCAAAAUCUCCGAGGGCGUGCUCAUCAAUGAAUGCAAGGCCAUGGUCUUCUGCAAGAUGCCCAGUCGCGUCCGACACCAUUGGGUGAAGCGCUUUAAGGAGGCUCCCCAUCGACAGUAA